AACACAUCAAUCAAUGAUUGCAGGUGACCCAUCCAGUGGGAGAUUGACAGAUUGCAAGUGAAAAGUAGCAGCCUGAGCAGCCACCACCACAGCCAGCAGGAUGACUGCGGGGCCAUACAACUACUCCUACAUCUUCAAGUACAUUAUAAUCGGGGACAUGGGCGUGGGCAAGUCGUGCCUUCUGCACCAGUUCACCGAAAAGAAGUUUAUGGCUGACUGCCCGCAUACCAUCGGUGUUGAGUUUGGCACGCGCAUCAUUGAGGUGUGCGGUCAAAAGAUCAAGCUCCAGAUCUGGGACACGGCUGGCCAGGAGCGCUUUCGCGCUGUCACCCGCUCCUACUACCGUGGCGCUGCUGGAGCACUCAUGGUCUACGACAUCACCAGGCGCAGCACGUACAACCAUCUCAGCAGCUGGCUAACUGAUGCGAGGAACCUCACCAACCCCAACACAGUCAUCUUCUUGAUUGGCAACAAAUGUGCUGAAGCUCAGAGAGAUGUCACGUAUGACGAGGCAAAGCAGUUUGCUGAUGAAAUGGGUCUAAUGUUUGUGGAGGCUAGCGCAAAAACGGGUGAGCAUGUUGAGGAGGCCUUCCUCGAGACUGCUAAGAAGAUCUUCCAAAAUAUUCAGGAUGGCAGCCUGGACCUGAAUGCAGCCGAGUCUGGCGUGCAGCACAAGCCCCAGACACGGACCACGACAAGCCUUACGAGCGAGGCUACCACAGACAAGGAGGCUUGUGGCUGUUAGGAACCCCUGCUUCUCCCCUCCCCCCUUCCGGUGUGCGACGACUUCUAUGCGGUCCAGGACUGCCUUUCGACCACGGGAGGACAAGGGAAGCAGAGGAGUGGAGGUGGACAGAAGCUGCUUCGAACGGGACUACUACUACCAAGGGGGAAAAGAGGGAGGAGCCUAGAAGAAGGGUUAGGGGGGGGAGCAGGGCAGAGCUGGAGGAAGAAUCGAACAUACACACACAACACACACGGGUCUCUCCUUGUGUAGCGAGGACAGUGGCGGCGACCAGACGGAGGAGGGAGGAUGGCAGCCUGCCGGCCCCUUUUAUUUUCUUUAGUCUCAUUCCCUUACUCCCCGCUGUCGUAACAGGCCCCCAGUACUGCCGCUGCCACUGCUUAACUCUGUUCUUGCCCUCGGUCUCUCACGCAGCUCUCUCCUCUUUUUUUUUAUGCCUCCCUGUUCUCUUUGUUUUUUUUCUUUUCUUGUGUGUGUGUGCGCUCAUGUGUACCAGGGGUAGAGAAAUAAAUGUGUGGCUUCUUUUCCCCAUGCACAUGCCACCCUGCUGCCAUAUAACCUCUGUUCGACAGGCACCAUCUCUGGGCAGCAGGGCAUACCCCGGCUGGAGAUCUUAAAGUCUGAACUCUGGAGUAUAUGUUGGGAUUUGAGGAAGUCGCAGCUGAAACUCGCCUUUCUAUUAACAUUUCAGCCUGUGCUCUCUGUUCCUUUUUUUUUUCUCUCCAGUACCAGGUCUAGUCAGACUUUAAGGUGCCUACUUUUUCCGCAUUCGCACCAUUCAGGCGGCUUCACAAUGAAGGGCCUUGCUGAGGUGUGGACAUAAGGCACAAUCAGUGUCCAGUGCUUGGAAGGCUGCUUCCUGCUUGCGUAACCUGGUCAGAUUUUUUUUAUCUCUCAUUCCUGCUAUGUGAAGUUUGUAAAUGAAUGCCCUUUUCUUUUUUUCCGUUAUAAAAUUUGUUCUGCAUCAGUUUUGGCAAGGAGGGAUGCAAAUAUUGCAGUGCAGUGUUGCAUCUUAACUGUGCUUCUGGUCUUUGUGCAUUGCCUCUGUUAAAACAUUCCUCGCUUUUUCCCUGGGAGGCUCGGCACAAGCUGUAUUUUUAUUUGCUUCAGAGCUGCUUACACUGCAUGGUUUGGGUAGCAGUGACAGUCUCUUUUUUAUUUUUCCUUUUAUUUUUUUUCUCGCAAUGUGAAGGUCGUAUAUAAUUCCUGCCACCAUGCAACUCCUUUCAAAUAUAGCAAUGACAUCAACAACCUUAGGGCCAUCAGCAGCCUUUUUAUAAGGCCCAUCUUAGUAGCUUACAUUAUUGUUGUAGAAACGAAAAACCGCAAUGUUCCGACAGCGGCCGGUGCUCGGAUAGGAAUGAUUUCAUGCACGGAUGACACUGGUGUUUUUUUGUUUGUGCUGCGAUCUGCCUUUCCAGCGUCAUCCGAAAACACCGAGCAACAUGCGUUUUUAUGGGUGUUGAGGGCAGGUAUGGGGUGAUGGGGGGGAGAGAGACUAGAGAUGGGCAAUGUUGGCUAUUUGCUUUGAGAUUUCUCUACUGGGCUUUACUUUUUCUUUCGCCGACGAAUGAUGUGUAUUGACCGACUGUGGUCAAUGAACUAUUUUCCUUAUGGCGCUUGUGUGCUGCUUUUGUGUGUUGCGUGUAUGUGUGAGUGAUUCAUUUGAUUGUACAUUAAAACAAAAUGGGGGCAAGAAAGGAAAAAAAAAGGCUUCUCACUUUGUUGUCCGUUGUUGGUUGCAGAGUCCUGUUCAUGGCCACUCGAUGUCGGGCGGUUUUUCAGGAUGUGAUAGUCGUGCACCUCUUUCUUUCCCCCUCCCCUUCAAGUAUUACGGAGCCACUCUGUGUUGCGGAUAAAGAGACGGCGUGCUACAGAUAGGCCAGAUGCCUAAAGAGGGCCACCACACGAGAUUUUGUAGCCACUGCUGCUAGCCCAGCACUGGUUUUGUAUAGUUUGUGGUCUUCAGACAACCAAGUACCACCGGCUGAGCAGUGGUGAAAUGGUGUGCGCUCAUUUUGUCAUGCUGUACGUGUGUGCACAGCUGCUGCUGGGGUGGAUUACUUGCAGGCCUUCGAAGCAGCAAACGGUGCAGCUGCAUGUGUAACUUGUGCAGCACUCCUGUGACCCUAUUAUUGUUGCAUUGUACGUAGGCUGUUCACGAGUUUUUAUUUUCCUCCCUAAAGAGGCGGUCGGCCGGCAGUGAAAGAAAAAUGCUGUACUUCGAUUUUUAAGCAGGUUCGGACCUCUUUUUGUUUCCUUUUUUUCCCCUCGAAUGUAAUUAUAUCUUCCACCUACAUAGCUGAACACUGGUUGGCACACAUUGCAGGUGACAUUGCUAAUAAAAGGAGGAAUUUAAAAAAAAUUUCCCUGUG